AUGGCACCCUCCGCGACCAACGGUGACGCCGCCGCUUCGUCCCGAUUCCAUGCCUCCUCGACCAAGUCCGCCAUCGCGGCGGAGAACGAGUAUGCUGCCCACAAUUACCACCCCAUACCCGUUGUCUUUGCCCGCGCCCAAGGGGUCAACGUCUGGGAUCCAGAGGGCAAGCACUAUCUCGAUCUCCUCUCUGCCUACAGCGCUGUCAACCAAGGCCACUGUCACCCAGAGCUGAUCAAAGCCCUGACUGAGCAGGCUGGUCGCCUCACACUGAGCUCGAGAGCAUUUUACAACGAUGUGUUUCCCGUGUGGGCCGCCAAGGUCCGUGACCUCUUUGGCUAUGACAUGGUGCUGCCUAUGAACACGGGUGCCGAGGCCGUCGAGACCGCCAUCAAGAUCGCGAGGAAAUGGGCAUACAAGGUCAAGAAGGUCCCACAGGGGAAGGCCCACGUAUUCAGCGUGGCCGAUAACUUCCAUGGUCGAACGAUGACCGCCAUUUCACUGUCCACUGAUCCCGAAUCGCGCGAUAACUAUGGCCCAUACGUUCCAAACAUCGGCGCAAUUUGUCCUACCACGGGCAGACAGAUCAGGUACAAUAACAUCUCAGAUCUUGAGAUCGUGCUGGAGGCGCAUGGGCCCGAGACUGCUGCUUUCAUUGUAGAGCCCAUCCAGGGCGAAGCAGGUGUUGUUGUACCGGAUGACGAUUAUCUUGCCAAGGUACAUGCGCUAUGCAAGAAGCACAAUGUUCUCUUCAUUUGUGACGAGAUCCAGACCGGCAUUGCCCGCACAGGCAAGAUGCUCUGUUGCAACUGGGCCGGCAUCAAGCCCGAUAUUGUGACGCUUGGCAAAGCCAUCUCGGGCGGCAUGUACCCCGUCAGCUGUGUGCUUGCUGACAAGGACGUCAUGAUGGUUGUUGAACCCGGCACUCAUGGGUCCACCUACGGCGGUAACCCCUUGGGCUGUGCUGUAUCCAUUCGUGCGUUGGAGCUGGUUGAGGAGGGUAAGCUUGCGGACCAGGCCGAGCGUCUUGGCAGAAUUUUCCGUGAAGGCGUCGAAGCGUUCAAGUCUCCAAUUGUCCAGCAGGUCAGGGGCAAGGGGCUUCUGAAUGCUGUUGUCAUAGACGAGUCAGCAGCAGGGGGGAGGACCGCGUGGGAUCUUUGCAUGUUGCUGAAAUCGAAGGGUCUAUUGGCUAAACCAACGCACGGAAACAUAAUUCGAUUCGCGCCACCCCUCAUUAUCACGGAGGAAGAACUGAAAAAGGCGCUCAGCAUCAUAGGGGAAGCAUUGACCGAGCUCCCGACUGCGGAGAAGGCUGAUGGCCACUAA